AUGCCAUCAAGUCCCUUACCUUCUUCUUCAGUCACCACUAUUGCACAUGAAACAUCAUCUAGUUUCUCACCUUUAUCGACCAACGAAUUUUUAGGUAAAAUACCAUCCAGCUCUUCAUCUUCGUCCCCAAGUAACAAUAUAUCAGAUUUAAAUUUUUUUACUAAGCUUCUGAUGUUACCAAACCCUACUGAUAUUGGUCAUUUUAGCCAUCUAAAUCAGUUGCCUGACGCAGCAAAAAAAUUUAUUGUUGAAUAUGGACCAUGCCAACCUAAAGGACCAUUCUAUAGAUAUUCAGAUAAUCGUGUAUCUAAUUUAUCGUUCAAUGAGAAAUAUUAUUAUUCUGGGUCAUCAAUGUCUGGUGGAAAGACAAUUAGACUAUGGUUGAGUUAUUCGAUUAUUCGUCAAGUUGCAUAUUGCCAGCCAUGUACUCUGUUCGGGAAUAGAUUAAAAAAUAAACAAACGUCAUGGAUUGACGGAUUUGAUGACUGGGAUCACAUAACGAUUGCUAUGAACCGUCAUGAAAGUUCUACAUUUCAUCUUGUGUCAUGUAAAGCUUAUAAUAUGUAUCAUAAAAAUUUAAGUAUAGACUGUCAAAUAAAAAAGCAAGACGCUUCUGAAUCUGAAUAUUGGACCGCAGUUUUGACACGUAUAAUAGAUAUAUCGAUCACAUUAGGUGGCCAAAAUUUGUCUUUCAGAGGCCAUAGAGAAGAUGCUAACUUCAAAAAUAAUGGAAAUUUUAUGGCUUUAAUAAGACUUCUAGCCAAAUAUGAUCCAAUAUUGAAAGUGAAAUAA